CAAGGUCAGAAGCAAGCUGCGCUGUGUUAAAUGGUUUCUUAGUUGCUAGACAGAGAGAAAAAAUGGACGAUCACACACCAUUCUUUGUAGAUUAUUAUAUCAAGGGUUCAGUCUCUGGCUCAUCAAAGCUAAAUGCCGCAAGACCUAUCUAGUUGCUGUGAAUUAUGCCAGGGCGACAAUGGAGAGCGUUUUUAAUGGUACAAUGCAUUUCACCUACCAGAUAGGGGGAGGCCGAGCCGGGGAUGGGGAUGUCUGCUGGGGCUGGGUGAUGAGUAUCAAUGAACGGGGCGAUUCUGAAAAGAGGCAGACGAAAAUCGAGCCCGCCCUGCCCCGGCUGGGCUGGGAACAGUUCGCAGGGCUCUGCCGAGUGGGCGAGCGAGGCGCGCAAGCAGGGCGCCCGUCCCCCCUCAGCCCCGGAAAAUGAUCAAGUCAAUCAUGUGGACAUGUUUCAUUAUUCAUUGAACACAAUCUUUUACAACGCUCCGUUUACGUGCCCGAGUUUGCUCCCGACGCCCGCGUUUCAGUGCUUAAGGGAACUGGGACGCCCCUCUGGCAAUCUGUCAGUGCCUGGAUCAGCUGCAUCCUUUCUGGGGUAUUUUCUCACCAGACUGACAGUCCUUAAGACAAGUAUGCAGUUAAGCUGCUAAGGGAUGGAAGAAGCCAGUCUGUGCCUUGGAGUGUCCUCGGCAGCGCCGGAAGCUGAGCCCCAUCUGAGCGGCCCCGUCCUCAACGGCCAGUAUGCCAUGAGUCAGAAGUUGCACCAGAUCACCUCCCAGCUCAGCCAUGCCUUCCCCGAGCUGCAUCCGCGGCCCAACCCCGAGGAGAAGACCCCCGCGCCCCUCGACGAGAAGGCCCUCGUGCCCAUGGGUGGCCAGCCCAUGGGCAGUCAGAUGGCGCUCCUGGCCAACCAGCUGGGCCGGGACGUGGACACCAGCCUCAACGGGCGGGUGGACCUGCAGCAGUUCCUCAACGGGCAGAACCUGGGCAUCAUGUCCCAGAUGAGCGACAUCGAGGACGAUGCCCGCAAAAACCGAAAGUACCCGUGCCCUCUGUGCGGCAAGCGUUUCCGCUUCAACAGCAUCCUCUCCCUGCACAUGCGCACUCACACCGGCGAGAAGCCCUUCAAGUGCCCGUACUGCGACCACCGGGCGGCGCAGAAGGGGAACCUCAAGAUUCACCUGCGGACCCACAAGCUGGGCAACCUGGGUAAGGGGCGCGGGAGGGUGCGCGAGGAGAACCGCCUGCUGCACGAGCUGGAGGAGAGGGCCAUUCUGCGGGACAAGCAGAUGAAGAGCAGCCUGCUGCAGCCCCGGCCCGACCUGAAGCCCCUGCCGCACGCCCAGCAGACCCCGCUGGCCGCCUGCAACCUGGCCCUGCCCACCAACCACAGCGUGCCCGACGUGGCCAACCCGGUGCCCUCGCCCAAGCCGGCCAGUGUGCAGGAGGAUGCCGUGGCCCCAGCCGCCGGCUUCCGCUGCACCUUCUGCAAGGGCAAGUUCAAGAAGCGGGAGGAGCUGGACCGCCACAUCCGCAUCCUGCACAAGCCCUACAAGUGCACGCUGUGCGACUUCGCGGCCUCGCAGGAAGAGGAGCUCAUCAGCCACGUGGAGAAGGCCCACAUCACGGCAGAGUCAGCCCAGGGCCAGGGCCCCAACGGCGGCGGAGAGCAGUCGGCCAACGAAUUCCGCUGCGAGGUGUGCGGCCAGGUGUUCAGCCAGGCGUGGUUCCUGAAGGGCCACAUGCGGAAGCACAAGGACUCCUUCGAGCACUGCUGCCAGAUCUGCGGGCGUCGCUUCAAAGAGCCCUGGUUCCUUAAGAACCACAUGAAGGUCCACCUCAACAAGCUGUCAGUGAAGAACAAGUCCCCCAGCGACCCCGAGGUGCCUGUGCCCAUGGGCGGCAUGUCCCAGGAGGCCCACGCCAACCUGUACUCCCGGUACCUCUCCUGCCUGCAGAGUGGCUUCAUGGCCUCAGACAAAGCCAGCCUGAGCGAGCCCAGCCAGCUCUACGGCAAAGGCGAGCUGCCCAUGAAGGAGAAGGAGGUCGUGGGGAAGCUGCUGACCCCCAUCUCCAGCAUGGCGCACGGCGUCUCUGAGGGCGACAAGCACUCCCUCCUGGGGUGCCUCAACCUCGUGCCGCCGCUGAAAUCCAGCUGCAUCGAGCGGUUGCAGGCGGCUGCCAAGGCUGCCGAGAUGGACCCCGUGAACAGCUACCAGGCUUGGCAGCUCAUGGCCAGGGGCAUGGCCAUGGAACACGGCUUCUUGUCUAAAGAGCACCAGCUACAGCGCAACCACGAAGACGCUUUGGCAAACGCCGGAGUUAUGUUUGGUAAGGAGAAGCGGGAGUACGUGUUAGUGGGAGCAGAUGGCUCCAAGCAGAAAACGCCUGCUGAUUUGGUUCACAGCACUAAAGUGGGCAAUCAGAGAGACCUGCCAAGUAAGCUCGACCCUUUAGAAGGCAGUCGGGAUUUUUUGUCACACGGGCUGAACCAGGCACUCGAGUACAACCUGCAGGGUCCCGGGAGCAUGAAGGAGAAGCCCACCGAGUGCCCGGACUGCGGCCGAGUGUUCCGUACCUACCACCAGGUGGUCGUGCACUCCCGCGUGCACAAGCGGGACCGCAAGGGCGAGGAGGACGGGCUGCACGUGGGCCCGGAGGAGCGGCGCGGCUCGGGCAGCGACCAGGAGUCCCAGUCCGUGAGCCGCUCCACCACGCCGGGCUCCUCCAACGUCACCGAGGAGAGCGGGGUCGGAGGUGGGCUCUCCCAGACCGGGAGCGCCCAGGAGGACAGCCCGCACCCCUCCUCGCCGUCCUCCUCAGACAUUGGCGAGGAGGCUGGGAGAUCUACCGGCGUCCAGCAGCCCGCACUGCUUCGCGACAGGAGCCUGGGCUCGGCCUUGAAGGACUGCCCGUACUGCGGGAAAACCUUCCGGACAUCCCAUCACCUAAAAGUCCACCUGAGGAUACACACAGUGUGUGUCCACACCAUAACCAGCGGGAGGAAAGGAAGUGACUUGUACCCACAAGGUGAGAAACCCUACAAAUGUCCGCACUGUGAUUACGCCGGCACCCAGUCAGCAUCUUUAAAAUACCACCUAGAGCGGCAUCACCGGGAGCGGCAGAACGGAGCCGGGCCCCUGUCUGGGCAGCCCCCGAACCAAGACCACAGGGAUGAGCUGUCCAACAAAGCUGCUUUGUUUAUCAGGCCAGACAUCCUGAGGGGGGCCUUUAAGGGUCUCCCCGGAAUCGACUUCAGAGGUGGCCCCGCGUCUCAGCAGUGGACAGCAGGAGUGCUCUCGUCCGGGGAUCACUCAGGGCAGGCCACCGGCAUGUCUUCUGAGGCUCCUUCAGACACUCUGAAAGGCAGCGACCUCCCUUCCAAAAGCACCCACUUCUCUGAAAUCGGGAGAGCGUAUCAAAGCAUCGUGAACAACGGCGUGAAUUUCCAAGGGUCCUUGCAAGCGUUCAUGGACAGCUUUGUCCUCAGCUCCUUGAAGAAGGAGAAGGACAUGAAGGACAAAGCCCUCUCUGACCCUCCUUCCCUGAAGGUCCACGGGGUGGACGGUGGCGAGGAGAAGGCCAGCGGCAAGGCAGCCCCCAGGAAGUCGGAGAAGUCUCAGUACGAGCCCCUGGACUUGUCCGUGCGGCCGGACGCCGCCUCCCUCCCGGGCUCCUCGGUGACGGUGCAGGACAGCAUCGCCUGGCACGGCUGCUUGUUUUGUGCUUUCACAACGUCCUCGAUGGAGCUGAUGGCCCUGCAUCUCCAGGCCAACCACCUGGGCAAAGCGAAGCGCAAAGAUAACGUCGUCGGGGUGAUGGUCAAUUGCAAAGACCAAGGCCGGGAGGCGAGCAAAGUGGCCCUGCUGCCCUCGGUGCAAACGAGCAAAGAGAUGGCACUUUCUAACAUGAUGGGGCCUCUCGACUCGGCUUCGGAGAAGAUGGCCCAAGGACAGGUCAAAGAGACUCUGGGGGAGCAGAAGGGGGGCCCGUGGCCCGGCCACGUGGACCCCGCGUUCUGUAACUUCCCAUCAGACUUCUACAAGCAGUUCGGCGUGUACCCAGGCCUGGCCGCCUCCGGGGCCUCCAGCUCCUGCCCCAACAGGGAGCCCGAAGGGAAGGCCCCCUCGGAAGACGACGCCCCGAUCCUGAUCCCCGAGACCACAAGUAAGAACACUGCUGAUGACCUCUCAGACAUCGCCUCCUCGGAGGACAUGGACUCCUCCAAGGGAGAAAACAACGAGGAAGAGGAUGUUGACACGGAGCCGGAGGGGACGGGCAGGCCACCGCCCGCCCUGAGCAAGGACGGCAGCAGCGACGGCGGGGGCACCCCGCAGCCCGUCCAGGGACUGGUCUCGCCUCUACCCCAGGCGUCCGAGAAGCAGUGGCACAGCCCGGGCCUUCUUCCAGCCCAGGACCCCGUGGCGGGCCUGGCCAAGCCGGAGCGGGGGCCGCAGGGCCUGGAGAAGCCCAUGAACAUGCUGUCGGUCCUCAGGGCCUACAGCUCCGAUGGCUUAGCAGCCUUUAACGGACUUGCAAGUAGCGCAGCAAAUUCUGGAUGUAUCAAGAGGCCAGACUUGUGUGGAUGACAGAACUGUUGUGUGAAUACCAUUGUAUUUGCCAAAUGGUCCACUCGUCAUUUCAGAACAAACAAAUGGAUGGUGUCUGUAAGUCGGCAAACACUGGUGACAUUUAGCCUUGUUUAUGUUCCUUUCCUUUUGCUGCAUAUUUUUGGCUCCAAAAGCUACUGUCUGAAUCAACAGUGCCUCCGAAGCAGGAGAAAAGUCUGGUAGCUUUCGUUUUGGUUGCGGUGUCCAUCUUCUCUUUGGAUCGUGUGAUACCCACUGCCCGGGAUCAUGCCUAGGGCAGGAGAAGAGACCAGCCGAGCUCUUUGGCUUAAAACAUAUACUUUUUUUUUCCCCUCUGCCUAAAAAUGACUUCACAUUGGGAGGGAGGAAGAGAAUGCUGAAAGAAGAGCGUGUUGUCAGAACAGACACCCACAUCCCUGGGGAAAUGCAGACUCUCCAGGGAAGCCCAGCCACCGCCAUACACAACAGGACCAGUGAGACCCCUUCGCCGUCUUGAGCUGGGUGGAAGCACCCUGGGCUUAAGCUUUGGCAUCUGCCUUCUUAGGCUGCCGAAUUGAGGAGGUGGUUGGCACCAACAGCCAUCUAGAUACAGACCACAUCUUAACUGCUGAAGGAAAUCAGGUUCUGUCUUUUUUAUUUUUAUUUUCAGAUGUUAUGUGCCAAGCCCAGGUUUCAAAUAAGCAGUAAUUAUCUCCUAUUACUUAGCGCUGAUCCUCAGCACCUCUGCAUCUAAUUGCCAACCUGCUCUAAUCACAUAGACUAUCCUUGCUUUAGCCAGAGACAGAAAGACCAAAUUUUAUAAAUACUGCUUUAUUGUCGUUAUGCCAUUAAACAGUUAGGGACCGCGACCCUGCCUUUGCUUUCAAAUGCCUCUUGCCCACAUGGUUUUUGGAUUGUUUAAUGAAUCUGCACAUUUUCUUGCAGGUAAGUGACACCCCCUGUUCUAGUCGGUCUAGCUGGACUUGCCCUUGUCUCCUCGGUGGCUAUCUGCAGCUUGUUAAUCGUGUAAAGUCAAGAGAAGAAUGUAUACACAUAUGUGUGUUGAAUAAAUAAUUACUAUUGGCAUAGGUAUGUGUAUACACACGGCACACCAACCUACAGUAAUCAUAGCAAGAAUCAAGGAGGCUAAAAAUACUGCUCCAUAUGUGCCACUAUUAGUGAAGGAUGGUGAAGGCUUAGUAACUUGAACGGGAGGGAAAGUUCCCUCAGAGUCAUGAAUCCUGCGUGACAAAUGCUGGUGGAUUGGAGGUGCCUUCACCUGGGAAACCCUGAUGGGGAGGGAGGUCCGCUCAGCACAGCUUCCCCGACAUCGAGGUGGGCCCUGCGAUGCUCUGGUUGAGAUUACUGCUUGUGUUUGAUUGUCCUGUAUUUUGUAACACUUUAGAGGAAUACAGAAAAGUGCAGUAAUUAUCUUUCUCCAUAGUAUUUAAGCAGUACUAUUUCUAGUUUAAUAUUGUGUCAGGUCGUCAUAUUAUCCAGGAACAGAUGACGGUAAAGUUCCAGUGAACAGCACCUUGACAUCCACUACUUAAAAAUGGUGAUUGAAGCAAAAUAUGUAAACUUGUACCGGGUUAUCGUGUGCUUUGGAAUAGAGUAUUGUUGAAGUAAUUAGAAGAUAUAUUAAGGUGUUCCUGGUAAUGAAGGCAUGUAAGUUAUAAUAAUUGUAGCUUUCUGAGUAAGUGUCAAACUAUAUCUUUAAGUGUGCUGUAUGCUGAGUUACAAGUUAGGUCAUUUAUGAAUGGAAUGUAAAACAAUACUAAAAAAUGCUUCAAUAACUUAUCUUGGUAUUGCUAAUAAAAAAAAAAGCUGUGAAACAUUAGUGCAGUUUUGAGUCAUUAUGUUAACUCACUCCACAACACCCUGUCACCCUUGACACCCUUCUGUCUGUCGGAAGCCUCAACAGGACAUUCAGAGGAACGAGUUAUGCUGUGCCAAGGGCUGUCUGCUGGGCCGCCUGCUGCAUUUUCCACCCAUCUUUAGGUGGGCCCCGCCAGUGAGUUACAAUUCCUAAAGAUGCAAAUGUCAGCGCCCCUCCCGAUUUGGGUGGGGUGACCGUGGCGGGUUGGGGAGAGCAUAUCUCUCUGUAUUCUCUGUACUAGUGACUCUCGGGUGGGU